AUGUUGAUUGGACCAGCACUAUUGGGUGCUGGUUUGGGAUUGAUAUCGCUAAAAAAUCCGGCAAUAUAUAUACCAUUAAUUUGUGUUGGAGGUGUACUAUUAAUACUUGGUUUUUGUAUUGGCAUUUGUGUAUCAUUUUCGUUAGGCGUAUUACGCCUGAAACGUCUACGCAACGCAGUUGAUGCUGAAUCACUGAAAUACUCGACAAAACUACCAAUACCUACAAAGUGGCAUCUGAAUUCUUAUACUACACAAAGGUACAUUGGACGACGCAGUCCAACCACUAUCACUCAUUACUAUAUAGUAAUUGACAUUGGAAAUAAAGUUAAUUCAGCCGUUGGAAGUAAUCGAUCAAAGCCAGAUGGAAACUUAAAUGAACCAUCUUCAUACAUCGUUUGA